AGCGGGGAGGAGGUCACGUGCGGCGGCUUCGGAGUCCGCGGCAGGUGCAAGUGAGGGCGGCGGGGCGCAUGCGCGGACGCGGGUAGCCGGCCGGCGAGCGGGGUCCCGACUGAGGCUGCGCAGUCGGGCGGCCGCUACUCGACUCGCCGCCCCCCCUCGCUCCGUCCGUCGGGCACCGAGCGACCGUCGGCGGGGCCGCGCUGCUGAGUACUUCCCGCCCUGAGCUGCGCCUCGACACCCACCCUCCCGCCCCCCCCCGGGGAUCCGCUCCGAGACAUCAGGGGGCCUUUACCCUCCGCGCCUUAACGUCGGUGACCAUGGGUUUCCUGGCCGAGGGGUCGCCGCUGAACUGGGAAGAGACCAAGAAGUACGCGGAUCACGUCCGCAAGCACGGCAUCAUCCAGUUCCUCAACAUCUACAACAAGGUGAAGGACCGGCAGAAGGACGUGCUGAAAUGGGGCGAUGAGGUUGAGUAUAUGCUGUUGUCAUUUGAUCACGAGCAUCAGAAAGUUCAGGUGUUGCUGCAGGCGGAAGAAAUUCUCCAUGAACUGCAGAAUCGAGGAGAAAAGGCAAAUCCUAACCACCCAACUCUUUGGAGACCUGAGUAUGGAAGCUAUAUGAUUGAAGGAACACCAGGGCAACCAUAUGGAGGGACUAUGGCAGAUUUCAACACCGUCGAAGCAAAUAUGAAGUUGCGACGACAGGAAGUGUUUGCCUUGUUGAAACCAAAUGAGACCAUCUGUACUAUCACUGCUUUUCCCAGGCUCGGGUGUCAUCACUUUACACAACCUGUAUGUGAGCCGAAACCAAUUGAAAGUGGAGCCUCUAAAUCACUGUUUUUCCCAGAUGAAGCAAUUAACAAGCAUCCAAGAUUUAGCACUUUGACUAGGAACAUUCGUCACAGAAGGGGAGAAAAAAUAGCCAUUAACGUACCAAUUUAUAAAGACAAAAAUGUGUCCUCCCCUUUUGUUGAGAAGUUUCUUAAUGACGAUGGAGAAGCAGCAAGAGCAACAAAACCUGAUCACAUUUAUAUGGAUGCUAUGGGGUUUGGAAUGGGUAAUUGUUGCCUUCAGGUGACAUUCCAAGCUUGCAGCAUCUCGGAAGCCAGAUAUCUUUAUGACCAGCUCGCCACAAUUUGCCCUAUCGUGAUGGCUUUGAGUGCUGCUUCACCAAUUUAUAGAGGCUAUGUGUCAGACAUAGAUUGUCGCUGGGGUGUAAUUUCUGCUUCUGUGGAUGAUCGAACCAGAGAAGAAAGAGGUUUGGAGCCUCGCAAACACAGCAAGUACAGGAUUAGUAAGUCCAGGUAUGAUUCCAUUGAUAGUUACCUCUCCAAGUGUGGGGAAAAGUAUAAUGAUCUGGAAUUGACAGUUGACGAUGAAAUCUACAAGCAGCUUCGAGAAGGAGGUAUUGAUCAUCUACUGGCACAACACAUUGCUCAUCUUUUUAUCCGGGAUCCUUUAACACUCUAUGCAGAAAGGAUACACCUAGAUGAUGCCAAUGAGUCUGAUCACUUUGAGAAUAUACAAUCCACGAACUGGCAAACCAUGAGAUUCAAGCCACCACCCCCAAAUUCUGAAAUUGGAUGGAGAGUUGAAUUUCGGCCAAUGGAGGUCCAACUGACAGACUUUGAGAAUUCUGCUUAUGUGGUCUUUGUUGUACUGUUAACCCGAGUGAUACUUUCCUAUAAAUUGGAUUUUCUUGUUCCACUCUCAAAAGUGGAUGAGAACUUGAUUGUGGCUCAAAAGCGCGAUGCUGUUCGUCAAGGAAUGUUCUACUUCAGGAAAGACAUCUACAAAGCUGGAAACCCAGUUGUUGAUGGCUGUGCUUGUGCACAGAAUGGCAUUGAUUUGGAUUCUGAAGAGUAUGUGUUAAUGAGCAUAGACACCAUCAUUAAUGGCAAGGAAGGAGUUUUUCCAGGUUUGAUCCCAAUCAUAAACAGUUACCUUGAAAACAUGGAAGUAGAUGUUGACACACGGUGUAGCAUUUUGAACUACCUCAAGCUGAUCAGAAAGAGAGCUUCAGGGGAGCUGAUGACUGCAGCGUGUUGGUUGAGGAACUUUGUUGCUCAUCAUCCUGACUACAAGCAAGAUAGUGUUGUAACUGACAAAAUCAACUAUGACCUAAUUAUGGAAUGUGACCAAAUUGCAAAGGGUUUGCAUGACUGUCCAAAACUAAUUGGAGAAGUGGUCAGUAAACCAAAGCACUCAGAUGGCAGGCACAGCACUGUUUAAUAUCAUGGAGUUGUAUACUUUGUUAAUCAUACAGAUUUUUGCAGGGUGUAGAGACCAAGAACAUGAGCAAACUAAUGAGCAGGGCCAACCAUGUAAAUUAAAUCUUUAUUCAUUGUUUAAAUCAGCGCAGGUUUCUGCAUUACAUUUGGUGGGUAACAUGGAAGCAAUGUGUACAUAUUGUUUUUUUCUAGAUUAAGUGUAUUUUAAUAACUCUCUAACAUGGGUUGUUGCACAAAUUCUGCUGUAGAUACAAAUGGAGAGGUGUACUUUGUAUAUAAUUUUCUUACCACAAAUUCCAUUGCUUUGACUGUAAAUAUCCUGAAUUAAGCUGUUUUGAUCAUGUAUGAACAAAUAAUGAAACUUGUAAGAUGUUUAUAUUGAAUGUUUUGUUUUGACUAAAAGAAAUCUACUAACUUGAAUAUUCCUGUGUCUAUAUUGUGUGAAAUAUUCACCGAAAAUGCACAGUGCUUCACAAAGUAGUUUAAUGGAUGCGCCUUGACAAUGGAUAAUUUAAAUAGAUUGUGUUUGAUUGCAUUGUUUUAAGGGAGGAAUUGCAGUAAAUAUCAUAGAAAAACAAAGCCAAUCAAGGAGAUGGAAUUGUAAAUUUAAUCUUAAUAAAUUUACUGUGGGAAUGGAAUUUGGAAUAACUGCUGUACUGACAUUAGAUUUCCUUAAAGGAACAAGUUUGGCAAAUUUUCUUGAGUUUUCCCAUGUUGCUAACUUGCACUUCAACACUUGCAAAGAACGUUUGCUCUCUAAGAAGAAUGCUCAGAUAAGUUAUCUGCUGAAUUUAGUCUCCUUGCUGUCACCCAUUAACUUUUCUUAAACUACUGCGAUUGGUUUCUGAAUUACAUUAAAUUCCAACCCCCACCCCUCAACUUUCUCAAUACUGUAUUGUCUUGGCAGCUUUUGAGACUAAAGUUCAGUCUAACUGGCGCUAGUUAAUUGUUGUACGUUAUCUACUAUUGAGCAUCCAAUUAUUGAGUAGAUUUGGUGCCAAUUAAAUUCUUAGUUUACAGUCCA